AUGCCAACACCGCUCCCGCUAUCGCACAGUGCUAGAACAGUCCAAACGGAAACGCGUCGCAGCUUCGGUAUCUACAAUUGUCCUCCGGAGGAAGAUGAACUGCCCAGUGCGCCACAUUUUGGGGAUUGGCUGCUUGCGAAACUACGCAAAUCAAGCGGAAAUAUUCUGUACUCAAGCAAAUCGGAUAAUAUGAAUCAGCUGGAGAAUAGUUUGCUUCAAUCUAUCCUAUCGCAGUCUGUAGAGGCAGACGUGUGUCUGCUCAGUGAAAGUCCAUACCGAAUCUUGAGGGCUGCAGAGUCCGGCAAUCUAGACGAGUUCAUACGACUGUACGAAGGCGAUAACGGUCGGUUGGUAGUUAAGGACAGUAAAGGACGCACGGCAGCUCAUCAGGCCGCAGCCAGGAAUCGGGUGAAUAUUCUUCACUUUAUCCACGAGCACGGCGGCGAUCUGAACGCACAGGACAUUUUCGGGAAUACUCCGCUUCACGUUGCCGUCGAGAAUGAUUCACUGGAUGCAUUGGAAUUUUUAUUGCGAAUACCUGUGGCAACAAACAUAUUGAACGAAAAGAAGCUCGCCCCAGUGCACUUGGCUACCGAAUUGAACAAGGUCGAAGAUUUGCUGGUGAUGGGAAAAUAUCGGGACGUCAUCGACAUCCAGCAGGGUGGUGAGCAUGGUCGCACAGCACUACAUUUGGCCGCUAUCUACGAUAACGAGGAAUGCGCACGGAUUUUGAUUUCCGAAUUUGGCGCCUGCCCGCGGAGGCCCUGCAACAACGGCUACUACCCGAUCCAUGAGGCUGCCAAGAAUGCCAGCUCGAAGACGAUGGAGGUAUUCUUCCAGUGGGGCGAAUCGAAGGGUUGCACCCGCGAGGAGAUGAUUUCCUUCUACGAUUCCGAAGGCAACGUACCGCUCCAUUCCGCCGUUCACGGCGGGGACAUCAAAGCUGUCGAACUUUGCCUGAAAUCGGGAGCGAAAAUAUCCACCCAACAGCACGAUCUUUCCACCCCGGUGCAUCUGGCGGCAGCGCAAGGUGCUAUAGAAAUAGUGAAGCUCAUGUUUGUGAUGCAACCGCAAGAGAAACGUAUCAGUCUCUGCUGUACUGAUAUUCAGAAGAUGACUCCACUGCAUUGUGCAGCAAUGUUUGAUCAUCCAGAAAUUGUGGAAUAUUUGAUCCACGAAGGAGCCGACAUAAAUGCACUGGAUAAAGAAAACCGAUCUCCUCUGCUGCUAUCGGCCUCCCGAGGUGGCUGGCGCACGGUUAUGAUACUGAUAAGACUCGGGGCCAACAUAGCUUUAAGGGAUAUAAAUUCACGAAAUGUGCUGCAUUUAGUCAUCAUCAACGGUGGCCGGUUGGACGACUUUGCCAAGGAGGUUUCUUGCACACAAUCCGAGACCCACUUGCUGCAACUAUUGAACGAGAAGGAUAAAACUGGUUGCUCUCCAUUGCAUUACGCCAGCCGGGAAGGUCAUAUUCGAUCGCUAGAAAACCUCAUCCGACUCGGUGCUUGCAUCAAUCUGAAGAACAAUAACAACGAAAGCCCACUGCACUUUGCUGCCAGGUAUGGCCGAUAUAAUACAGUGAGACAACUUUUAGACUCCGAAAAGGGAACAUUCAUUAUCAAUGAAAGCGACGGCGAAGGAUUAACUCCGCUGCACAUUGCUUCCAAAGAAGGCCAUACAAGAGUAGUUCAGCUUUUAUUGAAUAGAGGAGCCCUUCUACAUCGAGACCACAAUGGACGAAAUCCGUUACAUUUGGCGGCAAUGUCUGGCUACACACAGACAAUCGAAUUAUUGCAUUCGGUGCACUCACAUCUCAUAGACCAGGUGGACAAAGAUGGGAAUACUGCACUGCAUUUAGCAACGAUGGACAACAAACCAAACGCAGUCGUGCUUCUGUUAAGCCUUGGCUGCAAGCUUUUGCAUAACUUUAUGGACAUGAGUGCCAUUGAUUAUGCCAUCUAUUACAAAUAUCCGGAAGCGGCCCUGGCAAUGGCUACUCACGAGGAACGAGCUGCUGAAGUGAUGGCUCUCAAGUCAGCCAAACAUCCUUGCGUAACGCUGGCACUAAUCGCUUCGAUGCCAAGAGUAUUUGAAGCUGUUCAGGAUAAUUGCAUCACCAAAGCAAACUGCAAAAAAGAUUCCAAAAGUUUUUACAUCAAAUAUUCCUUUCAUGUUUACCAAAAGUCCCAGGAGCAAGUGGAAAAAAUGCGGAAAGCCCUCAAUGAUCCCGAAUGGCGCCAGCCGCCAUUGCAUGUAGUAAAUGCGAUGGUGACCCACGGUCGCGUGGAACUACUUGCUCACCCGUUGAGCCAGAAAUACCUGCAAAUGAAGUGGAACUCCUACGGCAAAUACUUUCAUCUCGCGAAUCUCCUGUUCUACAGCGUAUUCUUGUUCUUUGUAACGCUGUUCACCUCCCAGCUAAUGCGAAGCAAUUUGGCUACACCGGGCGCCUCCGGAAAUGUUACUGAACAAGUACUGAGCACUAUCGCCACUGAACAUGACUCUCCGGUUUUGGCAGCCCUUUCGUCGUCUCGGUCAAGGCCGCAAAAUUACGUCCCCAAUUAUUCCCCGAACAGUACUCAAGCCACAGUAGAGGAAGCGAUGGCUGUUACAACUACGGCGAUGGUAUCCGGAAUAGCGAUAAUCGUGUACAUCUUCGGCAAUGCCGUCCGCGAAAUGAUACAGGUGUACCAGCAAAAGUGGCACUAUCUUAUCGAGCCGAUCAAUCUGAUCUCGUGGAUUUUGUACUUUUCCGCCCUGGUCACGGUGUGGCCAAUGUUCACCGACGGUCGGUGCUACAGUGCCAACUUUUCCGCGGCCUCGGUAACGGUAUUCUUGUCGUGGUUCAAUUUGCUACUGUUUCUGCAGCGGUUCGAUCAGAUUGGCAUCUAUGUUGUGAUGUUCUUGGAAAUUCUUCAAACGCUUAUUAAAGUAUUGACUGUGUUUUCGAUACUAAUUAUUGCGUUUGGACUCGCAUUUUACAUCCUACUAUCAAAGGCUACGACGAUUAUCAACCCACAGGCAAACCAUUUAUCGUUCUCGUCAAUUCCGAUGUCGCUGGUUCGGACCUUCUCAAUGAUGUUGGGUGAAAUAGAUUUUCUUGGAACCUACGUGCAACCGUUUUAUAGCUCGGAGCUACCCUUCCCCAUACCGUCGUUUAUAAUCCUCGCUCUUUUCAUGAUACUGAUGCCGAUUUUGCUGAUGAAUUUACUGAUUGGUUUGGCGGUCGGUGAUAUCGAAUCGGUUCGCCGGAACGCCCAGCUGAAACGGUUGGCCAUGCAGGUGGUACUGCAUACCGAGUUGGAACGGAAACUACCCCAGAUGUGGCUUGAAAUGGUUGACAAAAUAGAACUUAUUGAAUAUCCAAAUGAGAAAAAGUGUAAACUUGGAUUCCUCGAUUCGGUCCUUAGGAAGUGGUUUUGCAAUCCGUUUACCGAUGACGGCAGAGGUGGUGUCGAGUUUGUAUUGGAUAGUCACGAGGACUAUAUGGUGACAGAAUUGGAAAAGCACAAACGGAAACUCCGCGAAAUUGGCUCUGCCCUGGAUAUUCAGCAUCAAUUACUCCGAUUGAUAGUGCAGAAAAUGGAAAUCAAAACCGAGGCGGACGAUAUGGACGAAGGGGUAACCACAAGCGAUCUCAGAGGAUUGACAGCGCUGGGUAACAACCGUUCUGGCACAUCCCGUUGGUCUUCGCCAAGGAUACGAAAAAAACUACAUGCCGCGUUAAGUUUUAAUAAAUCUAUUGGCAAGUAA